UGCUGAAGAUCAGCCAAUCAGAAGUUGAGGGAGGCGGCGAACGACGCCUGUUGCUCUGAAAGGUGACGUAUACUUCCUGGAGCAUGCGCAGGCUCGUGGCGAGAAGAUGGUGAUCAUCAAGGAGUACCGUGUGGUCUUGCCAUGCUCGGUAGAAGAGUACCAAGUGGGCCAACUUUUCUCUGUGGCUGAGGCCAGCAAAAACGAGACCGGUGGCGGAGAGGGCAUCGAAGUGCUGAAAAAUGAACCGUACGAAAAAGAGGGAGAAAAAGGACAAUACACGCACAAGAUCUACCACUUAAAGAGUAAAGUGCCUGGUUUUGUGAAGAUGAUCGCACCAGAGGGGGCUCUAGUAUUCCAUGAAAAAGCCUGGAACGCCUAUCCAUACUGCCGCACUAUUGUGACGAAUGAAUACAUGAAAGAUGAUUUUAUGAUCAAAAUUGAGACCUGGCACAAACCUGAUUUGGGCUUCGCAGAAAAUGUGCAUGCAUUAGACCCAGAGACGUGGAAGACGGUCGAGGUGGUGAACAUCGACAUCUCAGAUAAAUCACAAGUGGAGCAUGGAGACUAUAAGCCAGACGAAGACCCUGCACUCUUCCACUCGGAGAAGACAGGACGAGGUCCACUAGGCCCAAACUGGAAGUCAGAGCUCAGUGCAAAGACGGAUGCUCCACGAAUGUGUGCGUACAAACUCGUCACGGUGAAGUUCAAGUGGUGGGGCCUUCAAAGCAAAAUAGAGCACUUCAUCCACAAACAAGAGAAAAGGAUCUUUACCAAUUUCCACCGGCAGCUCUUCUGCUGGAUCGACAGGUGGGUGGAGCUCACCAUGGAGGACAUCCGGCGGAUGGAAGCCGAGACUCAGAAGGAGCUAGAAGAGAUGCGUCAUAAAGGCAAAGUAAGAGGCACGACAGCUGCUGAAGAUUAGGGAUUGGCAUCUGAUAGGCAUACAGGUGGAGUGAGAUCCCUUCGUAAAACCGGUCAGGUACGAGGCACCAGUGCUGCUCAUGAACAAUGAGACAAAAAUGAAAGAAUCCUACUGAAAUUUGCUGAUGAAGGAAUGACGACACGACGCACAAGCAGAGACGUGUUCGAGUCCUCCACUACAGUGACGGGAACAUCCUAAAGGAUCAGUAGUACUGUAGCCACCUCAACAUCUUACUCAGCACACCAAUCAGCCUCACACCGACACAGAGACUCACACCUAUAUCUACUUGCCUAUAAUUACUUGAUUGGAGAACAGUAGAGCUUGUGCUUUAGAAUUAAAAAAUGAACCUUUAGUGAUAUUCCUUUAAACUCCGUGGCAGAAAUUGGACCAAUUUUAACUGUCUGAUAUGGCAACGUCCCAAUGAUAACUGUAGGUCUUGAGGAUUCUUUUUUUCCCCUCCCCCCUUUUUUCUUCUUCUUUUUUCUUCCCUCUUGCUGUGCUGUCUCACCAUUUAACCCCCACCCCCCAUCAAUGUUUCCCCUCUCAGAACAAGCACUUGUCAGUGGGAUUGUGGUGUUUCUAUGUUUAUUUUUUUUAUUAGUAGUAAUAAUCCUAAUAUUUUAGCCAGUUAUUUAGUGGAUUAUAAUAGCUUUGUCUUUCUUAUAUUCUUGUUUAUUCUAGAAAAUAUUAUGCUGUUGCAUGAAGGGAGUAAUCUGCAGCUAGAAAAGCAAGCGCACGCUCUCACGCGCACACAACUUGCCAUCAAUCAUUCUGUCACAUAGGGUGAAGCACACACCGACCACAGAACCUCAUUGGUUAGUGGCUUUGCAUGAGCUUUGCUAUUCCAUGACAGAGCAGGUGUUUUUUGUUUUGUUUUGUGCUCUUUUUUUUUUUUUUUUCCGCCCUUUCCCCCUUUUGACUGAAGGUCUUCCUGACCUCAGAGGGGCCUCCGUCCUCAGCACGUCCUCAGAGUGUGCAUUUAUCAGAGUGUUGAUUCAUUCAUGAUUCAGGCAACCAGUGGAAAUACUGCUGCUUUUCUAGAGCUCUUAGCACUGGUGACAUGCUGCUAGAUCUUGAAUGUCCAUGUAUUUCUUGGUGCUGGUUGAAAUGCUAAUUCUCCAAAAGUCAAAAUUUUCAGAGCAUCAAAAAAUGACUUCUAAGCUUCAAAGUACAAAUUACUGUGAAGCUUUGAUGCUACAAAUUUUAGAUGCUACCUGAAACAGGCCUUCUGGGUGAACCUUCUUAUGCCCGCUGUCUCAGUCUGGCGUCUUUAUUCCCAUUAGCCAGCGUAGCAAAAAUAAAUGGUUAGCUUUCUUGCACUGGUCACACACGAGACUAAACCUGCUAAACAGGGCUUUUUUCACUUUUCUCUACAAUGUGCUUUAAAUAGUAUGUGUACAGUUUUCUAUAAUAGAGACUUUAAGAGGUGAUAUUACAUUACAUUAUUCCAUUAUGCUCACUGGGAGUGAGAGACACAUCUGUACAAGAUUUUUAACUGUAGAUAUCCACUUUUAUAUUUAGUUGUGUGUGUAUGUGUGAUGGACCACAGAGUUUCCUGAACAGAUUAAGAUUGGAUUUUAAAAGCCUGAUGCUUUGUAACCCUUCUCACUCCCUCCUCUAUUGGUAUAUAACAAGACAUUUAUUGAUGGACCCUGUGCAUUCAAAGUGAAUCUUUUUGACACAAUAAAUGGAUUUGAGCAUUGCGUAUAUUUUCUGUAAGAAUAAGUUGACUUGCUCAGACCCAUCACACAUUUUUUUUCCGGUUCGGUCACUAGGUGAAUGCCAGCCUUGGUGCCAUCAAGUGUUUUAGCCUGAAUGCAAAAUAUAUAUAUAUAUAAUUUUUUUUUUCUUUUCUUUUCUUUUUUCUUUUUAACCCUUUUUCUUCAUGACCGAUGGAUGCACUGUAUGUGUAUUAGUUAGUUUUCAUGUAAAAUUUUACUGAACUAUUCGUCAUAGGGUCAGUGAGUUUAUCAGUUCCCUUGUACACUUUUAUACACUGAAUUUUAGAAAGAUCAAGCUGUAUAAACACAGACCUGCUAUAUCAUGUCAUCAGGGGAAAUGUCAAGAAAUGUACAAUGCAAAAAAAUGUCUUAUUUUUUUGUUUGUUUGUUUCAAUUGAAAUAAAACCGUCUGGAUAAUUUAAGCCGAAUGGAACUCGAUAUAUAAUAAAUUCCUCAAGUCUCUUCGCUGUUUA